UGAAGACUUAGGGUGCCCUGAGUUGUUUUUACACCUUAACAUCAGUGGCAAUUGUGAAGUUUUCCUAUUUAGUUCGGCCUAGCUGAGAGGCUAAUCUCUAACACGAUGAAUCGCACCGACGACAUGAAGAAUGCCUCGCUGAACGACUACAAGCUGGAAGCGAUGGUUUCCGUCGGCUGGGCGGUGGACUCGGACAUUCCAAUGGCGAGUGCCGAGAACCUGGCCAUCCUAAAGGAACUGACUGCUCUGCGGGCGCUGAAGCUGGAGCUGCAGCAGCACAUGAACUCGCUGGACGAGCGCGAGAUGGCAGUGGAGCGACACACGCGCAACAUUGAGGGCACUAUUCAGCAGAAUCUGACACUGUACAGCUCCCUGAAGGAUGAUGUUAUCAAGGAGGCGCACAACGUCCAGCUUGUGAUCUUGGAGCGCAACAAGAUCAAGGAGGAUCUGCGGAAGAAUAACAAGGAGCUGGAGGAGUACACUGAAUACGUCAAAGUCACUGAGCGAAAGAUUUGCCAGAGCAAGCGCGAGAUCGAUGAGCUGACUUCCCGCAUCAAGUCGGCCAAGACUACCUUGGUUGAGUGGACAGAGGCCAUGGAAGACGGAAACAAGGGCUACCAGCUAAUCGAAAAGUACUACCUGGAUGACCAGCAGAAGGCACGGGAGCUGAACAUCAAGCGCCAGCUUUUGCAGGCGGACAUCGACAAGCGGCGCAAGCAGGUGGUGCUCCUCUAUGACGAGCAAAUGACGCUGGAGAAGAAUCUGGAGCGGACCGCUUGUCUGUACAGGGCUGCCCACGCGGAACGCCGCCAGAUGGUGGAGACGUGGAAGAGCGCCGUGAACCAGAUGACCCAGCGAGAGCACGACAUUCAGCGCAGCGAGAUAGAGUGUGCGGAGCUCGCCCAGAAAGCCCAGCAGACGGCUCAGACCUACAAGGAGUACGAUAACCAGCUAACCGAGGUCAUCGAAAACAACCGCCAGGUGGAGCUCACGAUCGAGUCCCUCAACGAGGAAAGCUCCGACAUGAAAAACCAAAUCCAGAUCCUGAUUGAUGCCACAUUGCUGAAGGAGCGCGAGAUCGACGGACUGCGUCGGGAACUGGAGAACCUAUCGAACCGGGUGCACCUACAGCGCAUGGAUAACCGCAGUCAGAUGAAAAAGCGCGAUGAGAAGGCCAAGGAGUUGGAGAACUUCGCCUCGGUGAUGGAGAAGGUUAACGCUCGGCUGAAGUCUGUACAGAACAAGGCCCUCAAUGCGGAGCAGCGGCUGCAUAUUCUGGAGGAGAUGAUGCAGGCGGAGGAGACGGCUCUGCGAAACCUGGACAAGGAGCAGGAGAAGGUCAACGAGAUGCUGUACCGCACCCAGAGGCAGGUCAUCGAGUUGCAGGACGAGGAGAAGGUCCUGAAGGUGCAGAACGACUCGCUCAACUCCAACCUGGCAGCCAUCAAGCGCAAUCAGCAGCAGGUCAAUCACGAACUGAAGCGGCAGACGGAGAUCCACUACAGCCUGUCCUUUAAGUGCUUGGAGGCGGAGCGGCGUCUCGCCGAGAUCAAGGGUCUGGCAGAUGACCCCGAGGUGGAGGCCACUAACAUGGCCCGGCUUAACACCCUGGAGCAGGAGUAUGAGAAGUUGCAACGCCUCAUAGCCACCACGGAGGCGCAGAACAAGAAGCUAAACUACAACAUGAACAACCUGGUCGUCCAGUACAACGCCGACGAGAAGGAGCUCGAAAUGGUCAGGUUCAAGAUCAAGGAGGCCCAGGUCUACUGCGAGGGCACCGUCAAGAGACUGCGCCAGAUUCGCUACGAGAAUUCCGAGCUCAUAGUCGACCUCAACAUGGUCAAGAUGCGCUGCAGCGACCUGGAGGUUGGCAUCGGGGGCUGCGAGCAGGGCACCUACGACCUAGAGCAGCACCGCCUCGCCUUCCGUCGCGCCAUCAAAGACCGCACCGUCGAGCUUCGCAGCCAAGAGGAUGUGCUCCUGCUGAAGAAGAAGCAUCUUAACGAGGAGCUCAGCACCCUGCGAGCCGACCUCGGGGAGCGGAAGAAGCAGAUUGAGGCGAUGAAGGCGCGCUUUGAACUUACCGCCCAAUUGCUCGGCAAAAACGAGGACGGCUCCAUCAUGACCAGCACCCAGCUGAAGGUGGUGAGCGCCCAGGAGCGCCAGAUGCUGGCCGACGAGGGCGACGCCCUCAACAAGAAGGUUCUCAAGGCUGAGAAGGAAGUGGUCGCCCUGGAGAACACACUGCGCCAGUUCGACAAAUCGAACGAUAACUACCGCAAAACAUUCCGAUCUGUGGACGAAAACUCGAAGGAUCGCGAGCGGGCCGAACUGGAGCUGAAGGAACUUGAGGCGGCCUACUGCCGCGAGCUGGAAAAACUGAAGAUUCUCAGGUGCAAGGCACAGCACUACCAGCAGAAGCACGCAGCCCAGCGAGCGGAGGAGGAUGACCUGAUUUCCAAAAUAGAGAAGGCGAAGGCUAGUCGGGCGGAGCACUCCGCAGUUCUGGAGAAGAUCGAGCGCGAACUGGAUGACCAGCGAAUGAAGCUGGACAGGGCCAAUCGAGAGAUCCGGACGCAGUUGCGGGAGAUCAAGGCGAGGCCCUUUAGCGAGGAGUACCUGGCGCAGUUCGAGCGGGAUCUGACUCUACAGGAGCUGGAGGCGCGUAACACCAAGGCGCUGAACAUGAUCACCGAUCUGGCGAACAGCGACGAGAGCGGCACGGAUAUAAUUGGAAUCCUCUUGCGAAAGGGCAUCAAGUUGCCGAUGCACCUGAAGCGCACGUGCAGCCGCUUGUCCUGGAACAGCAGCUCCUCCGCCAAGUCUUCGCAGGGCCAGGACACCGCCUCCUACCUCAACGUUAAGGGCAAGAAGUUCUCCUGCGACGGGGCUAGUGCCCGGUCCUCCGUCUCCGACAUGAGCUCCCUCAAGGACGACACCUCCUCCACAACCUCCCACUCCGGCCUGAGCAUCAUAUCGCUUGAGUUGCCCUUGCCGAAGAAAAAAUAAUAAUCGAAAAUAUAUUUAUUUAUUAUUCCGUUCGAUAUCCGAUGAUCUCAACCCGUAUGCUCGUAUCUUCACGUGUUGGCAUCGCAGUGUUUACAAAUUGACCAUCUAAACGAAACAGCGAAUAAAAUGCGUUGCCCAAGCGGGUCAAAACAAGAGAGCAUUGCGGCCAUAAAAAUA